CUUCUGUUCGAGUCUGUAUUUCGUUAGACAAAGUUGUGGAGUUGGGACUUCUUGCUGGAAGCAAUUUCUGCAGCAUACGCUCUAAAGGGCGUCUUUUCUAUGAUUGAGACUCCAUCUCAAUCAACUCUCCCGAAUGGACGGUUUAAGUGGUUCAUUGUUGUCAAGAUUGGAGUCAUCCAUACACAUUACGUUUGAAAAUUGAAAUGCAACGCAAUUAGAAGAUACAAAUUUGUGAAAAUGACAUUAUUUCUUCCUGUUGGCUUCAUCCGACGUCAUUUCGUCAUGCUCGUUUGUCUUCUGGAUUUCAUCACACCUUUUCCCGUGGCCGACAAGCUCCCAUAUUCUCUUAUCAAUGCUAUUUUUAAGAUCGACACCAAUUUUCCUAGUCACGCGCCUAACUGAGGUGGAUGGACCACUUGUUCAGUCGAUGGAAAAUCCAGUGGUCCAAUUGUUCUCUUACCUCCACCACACGGUGGUGGUGGUGUUGGCGGUGCUGGUUGUUCAUGGCUUGUUUUCUCGACAAAACCAAGCCAUCCAUCUGUUAAUGGCCACUCAUCUUCUUUAACUGUUUCCUUUCUCUUGCUGUCAUCUCAGCAAUGACUCUUGGCUUCAUAACAGCCAUGAAGUUCCUCACUUUAAAACUCAGGCUGAACUUUCAGAUAACCUUGGGGAACUUGCGAGUUCAAUGGAACGUAGUACUCACGCCUCUUCGUUUUCUUGUCAAGGUUCUGUGACGGAGAUGGAGUUCCAGGACCUGUUUUGCGCAUCUCAGAGUCCCAAAUAUGACUGCCUUCUCUUUGAUUUAGAUGACACCCUUUAUCCAAUCAGCUCUGGCAUUGCCAAAGAAUGCCUUAAGAAUAUUCAAGAUUAUAUGGUUGAAAAGCUUGGCAUAGAUGAGAGCAAAUUGGAUGCUCUGUGCAACCUGCUGUACAAAAAUUAUGGGACAACAAUGGCAGGUCUCAGGGGGAUCGGCUAUGACUUUGAUUAUGACCAGUACCAUAGUUUCGUCCACGGAAGAUUGCCCUAUGAAAGCUUGAAACCAGACCCGGUCCUUAGGAGUCUCUUGCUCAGCCUGCCUUACCGCAAAAUUAUAUUCACGAAUGCUGAUAAGAUCCAUGCUGCGAAAGUCUUGAGCAGGCUCGGUCUAGAAGACUGCUUUGAAGGGAUCAUUUGCUUUGAGACGUUAAAUACUAUUUGCGGCAGUGUUGCAUCUGGCAAUGAGGACAACGCUGAGUUUGUGGAAUCACCUAGCACUGGUUACGGUGGGAGUUCAAAGAUUUUUGACAUCAUCGGGCAUUUCUCAGGACCCGACCUGGGUUUGGGAUUACCAAAGACGCCAAUUGUAUGUAAACCAUCUGAGGAAGCCAUAGAGCAAGCACUUAGGAUUGCGAACAUCAAUCCUCACAGAACGAUAUUCUUUGAUGAUAGCGUUCGCAACAUACAGGCAGGGAAAAGAGUAGGACUUCACACCGUGCUGGUUGGAAAAUCUCAACGGUGUAAAGGCGCAGACUAUGCAUUGGAAAGCAUCCACAACCUGAGGGAAGCGCUGCCUGAACUAUGGGAAGAUGAUUUGAAGUCAGAAGUCAGUUACUCUGGCGCGGUCGCAGUUGAGACUUCUGUGACAGCGUAGAUAGAUGUUAAUGUAAUCUCUUGAUUGAAGAAUUGGAAUGUAGUUCUGGAAAUCUGCAUUCUAUGCUCAAUUUUUAUUCUGAUGAAGCACAUGUUCAGCAGUAAGCUUUGAUUGUAUAUAAAUGUUCUUUUUAGUACCUUCUCCUGUUUUCGGUCUAGGAUGUUCAUAAUUGCAAUAAAUUUCGUUUCCUGUUCUAGUUAAGUCAGGAUCGAAUUCUGUA